AUGGCGCGAACACGGAAAUACAAGAGUGAAGAGGACUUGCGGCGUGCCAAGUGCGAGAAGAGCAAGAGAUCAAACAAGGAAGACAUUAACACGCGACGACGAGAGAAGUAUGCUCGCCAACGAAGCUCAGUCUCUGGAAGGAAGACUCCCAGGAAACCCAAGUCAGAUCAGAAGAACCAUUACCAGGCGCCUGCAUCGAGAACUAAGAGCCCGAGGCGAGAUCUUCAGGUAGAAUGCUUGGUAGAACAGGCCGAGAAGAUCUUCCUAGACUGGCGUCUUGUCAUCAACCAAUCCUCUCGCAAGUUUCUGGACCGGCUCUGCUCAGAUUACCUCCGCCUCCGAUCAUCAGACGAUCCACAAUUAAUCCGGAGGACUAUUGAAACUCAUCUAUCGGCUUUCGAGAGGAGUAGGGAAAGAUUGGAAGAGUUACACAGGAAGGUACUACAGAUUUCCGGAACGGGUGAAUCCCUGAAGAGGAUUGAAGGCUACACCAAACCCAUCGUGGACCUCAUUGUCGACUUGGAGGAUGUUGCGGCUGAGAUGGACGUGGAUGGAGAAAAGUUUGCGCGAAGGUUUAGCAUGGGUAGUUUGUACUACCAAAGGCAGGAAGAGUAG